UAUAGUACUUUUGAAAUAGAAAUAAAUUAUGCAUUACUGAGAGAAUAAAUAAUUUCCAGUUCAUAAUUAUUCAAUUUGCAGGUUUAGAGACGGCGUCUCAAAUUCUCAAUAAUUAUAUAUUUUAAUUCAAAUUCAAAUAUCUUAAUCUUCAAUGACAUGUAUAGUAAUAUUCCUUAAAAUUAUCAACAACCAAAAAAUGAGAAACUUGUGUGGUUGUGAGCAGGGGCGAACCCAUGUAUUAUUUUUUGGUGUUCGAGCACCCAUUAAUUGUGGCGGAUACUCUAUGUAGGCAUAUAGAAAAUAUUGAAAUUUUGGUAUAAAAUUAUAUAUAUCACCCAAGAAGCAAUAAAAAAUUUUGGUGCUCUGGUUAAGAGGUUGUAGGCUUUAGGCUAAGCCAUGGAGGAGCCAAGUUCGAAUCCCACCCAAAACGAUACGUUCUUUGUUGAUUUUAAGGUGAGCACCCAGAACCAAUGAAUCCUGGGCUCGCCACUGGUUGUUAGAUGUUUUGAUGGCCAAACUUUGCGAAGUCUCUUGAUAAAGGCUUAUAAAUACUAAACUUCGUAUAGGAUGGAAAUUCCAUCUUCAUUAAUUAAAUUAUCAAUCUCUCAACCUCGAAGUUUUACUUAGUAUUAUUGCCAUGGCUGAAAAGGGUUUUUCACAUACACUUGCUAUCAUUUUCACCGCUCUCCUUGUGGUUAUUGCUGCUCAUUCAUUCUGCUCCGCGAAAAUUCAUGUGAUGGCCCAAGAAGAUGUACUACCAAUUGCAAAAAAACUAUUUCAAGAUGAUCCAACUUGUGGGAAACCUUGUAAUACGAUGGAUGAUUGCUCUAAUGGUUGGUUCUGUCAGGCCUGUUGGAAUUUUAGAAAGACCUGUGGGCCAUUUGUUGGGGAUGCCAUAGCCAUGGGCAUGUAAUUUCAGUAUUAUCUUAUUUUCAACAUUUAGUCACUUAUUAGAUAUAUAAAAAUAACAAGUGACGGGAAGUGUUGUUCAAAGAAAAAUGUAUGAUGGAUUCAGACUCUGUUGCUAAGAAAUUAAAUCUUGGUGCAAUGUGUUCAUCAUUUAAAUAAAAGAUCAUCCAAUGUGUGGUGAUAUAUGUUUCCUUC